GGAGACGGAGCUGAGCGCUGAAGGGAAGUGGGCUGAGUUUGGCGUUCACGAGUCUAAAAACCCUCUGAGAUAAAGUGUAAUAUUUUGAAAAGGAGUCUGCGAGUGCGCCCUGGGGGACGUUUACUUCACUUUCACGCUGGUGUUCUGCGUUUCCGUGGAGUUUUGAACGUUAUUUCGGACCGGAAGUGGGAUCAGCUCGGUGAUGAAAAUUUGACUUUUUUUUUUUUUUUUGGACACAAAACGGUUUUUAAAAGUAUUUUCAAAGGAUUUGGAUUUGUAAAAGGAGUUAUUAAGUUAAAAUAAACUAAAAUGAGCGAGGGAAAUCAACCGGAAAUUGAGCUCUUUGUGAAGGCGGGCAGUGAUGGACAGAGCAUUGGGAACUGUCCUUUUUCACAGAGGCUCUUCAUGGUGCUGUGGCUUAAAGGAGUGACGUUUAAUGUGACCACUGUUGACAUGAAGAGGAAGCCAGAUGUCCUGAAGGACCUGGCUCCAGGAGCCCAGCCCCCGUUCCUGCUCUAUGGACGGGAAGUGAAAACAGACACCAACAAGAUCGAGGAGUUUCUCGAGGACCACCUCUGCCCUCCUAAAUACCCUCGUCUGGCUGCCCAUAACCCCGAGUCCAACACUGCUGGCAUGGAUGUCUUCUCUAAAUUCUCCGCCUACAUCAAGAACUCCAACCCUGGCAUGAAUGACAACCUGGAGAAAGGCCUGCUGAAGGCUCUGAUGAAGCUGGAUGAUUACCUGAGCUCUCCUCUACCCGACGAGAUCGACGAGAACAGCGCUGAUGAAGUCACCACAUCCUCCCGCCCCUUCCUGGACGGACAGAAACUCACCCUGGCCGACUGCAACCUCCUGCCCAAGUUACAUAUCAUCAAGGUGGUGUGCCUUAAGUUUCGGGGUUUCUCCAUCCCUCGCAAUCUGUUGUCACUAUGGCGAUACCUGGAAGCCGCAUACGCUCGUGAGGAAUUCUCCUCCACGUGUCCAAGUGACGCUGAGAUCCACUUUGCCUACUCGUCUGUUGUUAAACCUCUCAAAUGAACACACACACACAGUUUUAUAUAUAAACACACACACACACAGGGUUUCUUAUUGGUUUGAAUUUCACUCGCUGUUAAAGGGACGGUUGAAAAUUUGCAUACGCUUGCUAACUUUAUAUCAAUCACAGACCGAGGGGUUUUAAAUUUAAUGAUUACGCAAAUCAUCUGCAUAUGUUCAAAAAUGAUAUUUACCGGGUUAUAGGUCACGCUUGAUUAGAAACCACACCCCUAAAUCUGAGUUUCUUGAUGUAACGGUUUAUUUUUUAAAAAUCUUAUGUUGUCAUGAAGUCUCUGUUGCUAGGCACCUGUGAGAUGUUGUCGUCGUCAUCAAGCGUGAACGAGCUUAGCUAUUGACUGAAAGUAACAAUGUGCCUAGCUAGCAUGAAGCUGUGGAGUCUUUUUGUUUAUUGGUGAAGUUUAACCUCACAAAAUCAGGAGCCUUGGAAGAGGGCGUGGCUCUUUUUUUUUGGGGGGGGGGGCGUUAAGAAAAUUCAAACUAUAUAUAGCUAGCUGAAGUUAGCUCUUGACUAAACUAAAUGGAAGACUGUAUUUGGACAGUUUGCUGAACCGUCCCCUUAACAAGCAGCUCAUAGAGGAAACUGUGCACUAGAGAGACAUUUCAGACGCAGGCUAGGCGUUCAACACACACCCUCUUCUACACUAUCAUGCUGUAGCAUCUCAUCACCACUGCUGGGGUUUUUUUUGUGUUCAGACAGAAACUAACAGCGUAUCUCAUGUUCCUAUACUUAGCUGAACAUACACACACCUCAAUUGUUACGCAUGAGUACCCACAAGGGGUGGAGCUUAAGUUAAAUUUAACCAGCCAAUCACAAACUCAUUCGAUACCUAGCCUGUAAUUUAUUCCUAUCGCAAAAUACUGACUGUAAUAUGGUAUAAUUGUUAGCUAGCUAAACAUCCCACGGUUACUGCUAAACGCAGCGUGCUAGCUUGGAUAUCUUUCGCUAGAUAAAUUAAAGCAGGCUGGCUAAAGUGUGUGAGCGGUUGCUCUCAGGAUGUCAUCAACUCGUUCUCUGUUCCUCUUUCGGAAACGAAACCUCAUGCAGCCGUUUGCUCAGCGUGUCCUAGCAACGGAGCAGCCGUGCAGUUGGACUGACUCCUAUCAGCAGAAAACCACACACUCAGACUAGGAGCUGCGUUUCAAAUCAGGGUAAGAAGGAAUGAAGUCUGAACUGCUUUGCGCAUGCAUAGAGAAAGGGGCGGAGCUAUCAGAGAGCACUCUGUUUUUUUUUGGGGGGGGGGGGGGGG